ACUGUUCUUCAGACGUUUCAUUCCCCAGUUUCCAAAAACAAACAGAAAAGAAAAUAUACGCCUGCAUCCCUAACCUCAAACAAACGAAAAACAAACCCUAAUUUUUGUUCAUUUAAAAAAGAAAUUUUCAUUUUGCAAUCUUUCUUUUCUUCUCUCUUUUCUCUGUUGCAUCACUUUCGUUUUUUUCUUUCCUUUCACUGAAACUUCAUCGUUUUCCUUCUUAUUCCUUAUAUUUUUCCCGGAAAAAGAAAUACAUUUUUUGGUUUAGGGGACGGUCAUUUUGAAAAACGGUUAUGUUUUUGAGGCAAUAGCGCGGAAUCCUAGCGGGGUUAUGGUUAGUACGCUCCCUUUUCUGUCGUCUGCACUCUUAUCAUUUCUCUAAAUUUUCCCCUAUUUUUUUUUUAAUUUUCUUGUUGUUAAACCCUAGCAGUUGGAACUUAUAAUUAAAAUUUAAUCUAGGGUUUUUAGUUUUACUCCAAAAUUAUUGUUAUUUAGGGUUAUUUUUCCUAACUUAACUGGUUUAUGGGCGUUAAUAUUAUUUUGGAAUAGUUUUUUUUCCUUUGUUUUUGUCAAAGUUGUAGAGUGGAUUUUUUUUCCCGAGUCUCAUAUGAGACUGUGAAAUCAGCAAUUUGCAAAUCCAUCUUUUGGAUGGAGUAGGGAGUGAUGGAGUGAGUUAAUUAAAAUAUAAUCUCCUUAUUGCCAUUGUCUUUGUUUUCGUUGCUAUGGAUUCACACUCAUGUUAAUUUUUUUUCUUUUGACCGUUGAAUCCAUUAAAUUACUGGCAACUUGGUGGCUUGAAUGACGAAGGAUAUGGUAAGAGUUAGAGAGUUUAUGUAGGAAGAAAAUUAAUUUGAUGGGUUAGGGUUUGAAGAAGGUUGGAAGAAGUUUUUUUUUUUUUUUUUGUUCAUGAUCAUGUUCAGUAUCCCUUAUGGGAAAAAGGGAACCGGCAUUAGUUCCAGAAUGGUUGAGAAAUACUGGCACUGUUACUGGAGUUGGCAAUUCAGCCAACCAAUUUGCUUCCCCUUCUUCUCACUCAGAUGUUUCUUCAUUGGUGCAUCAUGGAAGACAUAGAAACUCUAGGAAUAUAAGUGAUUUUCAUUCCCCUCGUUCUGGAUUUUUGAAUCGGACAUCUUCGUUGAAUUCACGGAGGAGUUCAAGUAAUGGUUAUGCAAAGAAUGCUUACAGUAGCUUUAGUAGGAGUCACCGCAAUAAGGAUCCAGAAAGGGAUAAAGAGAGGUCGAGCUUUAGGGACCACUGGGACGGUGAUUCUUCUGACCCUUUAGAAAGUAUCUUAACCAGUAGGUUUGAGAAAUUAGAUAGCUUGACCAGUAGGAUUGAGAUAGAUAAAUUGCGGUGUUCGCAUUCUAUGGUCCCUAGGAAACAUGGUGAGCCUUUGCCUCAAAGGAUUGCGGUGGAUUCAGGAGACAGUGGUAAUAGUAACCAUAACAAUGGCAAUGGUCUGCUUUCUGGGGGUACUAUUGGAAGUAGCAUCCACAAGGCUGUGUUUGAGAAAGAUUUUCCCUCACUUCGAACUGAAGAGAGGCAAGUGGUGCCUGAGAUAGCUAGAGUUUCUUCUCCUUUGAGCUCAUCUUCUCAGAGUUUUCCUGUUGGUAAUUCAGCUUUGAUUGGUGGGGAAAGAUGGACCUCGGCUCUGGCAGAAAUGCCCAGUGUGGUUGGAAGUAGUAGCACAGGUUCCUCGCCUGCCCCCCUAACUGUUUCCACCAUAGUUUCUGGGGCUCCAAGUGUCACAGCUGGUCUUAAUAUGGCUGAAGCACUAGCACAAGCUCCUUCACGAACACUUAAUGCUCCCCAGUUAUCUGUCAAGACUCAAAGACGUGAGGAACUGGCUAUUAAGCAAUCAAGGCAACUAAUACCAGUGACACCUUUGAUGCCUAAGGGUUCGGUUCUCAAUUCAGUGGAUAAAUCAAAAGCCAAACCAGCAGUCAGGACAAGUGAAAUGAAUAUAGCUGUCAAGAGUGGACAGCAGCAACCUUCUUUGAUUCAUCAUGGUAAUCAAUCUCCUUAUAGCGGACAUGUCAAGUCUGAUAUGCCAAAGACAUCUGGGAAGCUUUUGGUUCUCAAACCAGGAUGGGAGAAUGGGGUCUCAUCCCCUACUCAAAAAGAUGUUGCUAGUCCAACAACAAAUGGGAUCAGCAGAGUUACAACUAGCCAACAUGCUGUUGCUCCUGUUACAUCUGCUCCUGCAAGAAGCUCAAACAACCCAAAGCUUUCUUCUGGGGAACGCAAGGCAGCUGCCAUGAUUCCAAUAGCUGAGUUUGCUGUGGAAAAGAGACCUUCUUUGGCUCAAACCCAGAGCCGAAAUGAUUUUUUUAAUCUCCUGAAGAAGAAGACCUCGACAAACACUUCUGCUGGUCUCUUAGAUACAGACCCUCAUAUUUCAUCUUCCGCCACAGAGAAAUCUGAAGUUACAAAAGAAGUAGGCAGUGCUUCUGUGACUGCUCAUUCUAAUGAGAAUGGUACUGCAGCAACUAGCAAUGGUGACACCUGUCAAGAGGCUCAAAGAUUUUCUGUUGAUUGUAAAAAGAAUAUGAGCUCCACUUCUAUGGUUUAUCCAGAUGAGAAAGAGGCUGCAUUCCUUCGUUCUCUUGGCUGGGAAGAAAACUCUGGUGAGGAUGAAGGUCUUACAGAAGAGGAAAUUAAUGCUUUUUAUCAGGAGUACAUGAAACUGAGGCCGUCUCUGAAACUGUGCAGCGGCAUGCAGCCAAAGCUGGCUCAAUCUUUUGCAACUAAUUUGGAUGGAGCUUCUUUGAAAUUGAGCUCAUCUGAUUUUGGAUCUGAAGCUUGACUUUUCUAUGUCCUUGCAUAGUAAAUCCAAAGAGGUUCUAAAUUUUUAUUACAGAUGCUUAGUUUUUUUUUCCCCGCAAGUUUAUCGCUUUUGUGAUGUCUUCUGUUUGAAAGGAAGCUGAUGAGUUGGGUAUGGAAAGGGGUGGGUUUUGGUUCGAGGGUGCAUUUUGCAAAUAGUGCAAAAAGUCCUGCCCGCCUGUAACAGAGAAUUUUUUAGGUUUCUAAGGUUGGAUUAGGGAAAGAUUGAUGGGGGGAUGUUUUUUCUGCUGUGGGAAGGAAGAUGCUAGAAAGUUGCAUUGUUUCCUGGGGUAUUACGUCCUGUUCUUCUUUUCCUUUUCAGAGGGUUCAAUUUUACAAGAAAUAGCUUAUUGGUGUUUUUGGUCAAUUUCACGGAAAUUAAAAAAAAAAAAAGAAAUAAAAA